AUGAUGGUGGAUGGUACGAAGCUUCCCAUCCAUGGGGGGUCAACACUGCAGUUGCAGAUAGCACAACUAAAGGCAGCGGCAAAUGAGGAGAAGCCGAUCUCGGAGCUACACGCAGCAGUACAGGGGGUGUUAGCAGAGUACAAGGACAUCAUGCCGGACGACCUGCUUACAGGAGUGCCUCCAGCACGAACCCACGAGCAUGAGAUCGUGGAGGAACCAGUAAUGCUAUUCGGACUCUGCAUCGCACAGAAGACAUUCCAAGAGGAGUGCGUAGUAGUGCACCUGGAUAAUAUCCUCAUCUACUCAAAGAACCUAAAGGAGCACGUGAAGCAUCUGCGGAAAGUCUUCGAGAACCUGCAGGAGAACAAGUUCUACGUCAAGAUGUCAAAGAACGACUUCGUCCUGAAGAAGGUACAGUUUGUCGGACACAUGGUGAGUGCGGAGGGCGUACAAUGUCGGGGUCACCUCCAAGGGUCCUUGGGUGCCUGGUACAAGACCAGCCCCUAUCCUUGGCUUGCUGUGCAGACCGUCGAUCAGAUUAAGCUGAGAACUUCCUAA